AUGGUAAAAUUUAAAAAUAAUUAUUUAAUUAUUUAUUGUGGAUUUCUGCCUACAUUUGGUCCAUCUUUCAUCCACUUUUAUGGCAUUGGAUCAGCGAGAAAAAUUUCCUGCAUAGGAAAUUGUUCAGUUCCACUGCCGAUUUAUCGUGGAAGAUUACUACUUUCACUGAAAACGGAAAUCAAUGAUCCUGAAUCUGCUGGAGCCACUGGAGUUGAAAUAGAACCCGCAGCAUCCAUCAAAGAAAAAAGUUUUUGGGACACCGAGCAAUAUCUUUUGGUUGGUAUAAUCUACGAUGUAUGCAUGAUAGAUCGAAGUCGAUUUAAGUCAAAAUUUAUAAGUUUCGAAAUCAAUUUGGGAAAUUCAGGAAACCAACAAUUUUCACAAAAUCAAUGCCCUUUUAAUGAAAGUGAUGAAUCUGAUGAUGAAGAAACAAUGGAAACGAAUCUGCAGUACGAGAGUCGAACUCAAUCGAGAGGAACGGUUACAAUGGAUGAAAAAUAUAAUUACAUGCCCCUAGGCUCAAGUAAACCCUGCAUUUAUGUUAAAUCAUGUUGGCCAAAUGUUGAAUGGCGAACAAUCAACAGUAACGCUCUUUCAUACGUUGCCAAAUUUCUCGAGGUGGAGCUCGAAAAACUAGAGACUUUAAUUGCAGUGGAGCAUGAAAGCGCUUACGUGAAAUACAAUGAAUUGAUUAAAUCCUUAAAGCAGUAUUGUUUGCACUAUCUACAUUUAAUGGAUACGGGCAGAUAUGAAGACGAAGGUGGUACAACCAGACUCGAUAGGCACAGAGUCAAUUUGUGUCGUGAAGAAAUCAAAUAUAUUUUAAAAGUCAUUAAAAUUAAUGGAGAGCUCGUCAAUAAUAAUUAUAUAAAUAUUGCCACAACACAUGCCUAUCAUUUUCUUAAAAUCAUUCGAGAUCUUUGCAAAGAUCCACAGCAUAAUAUGCCAGAUAUAUUUAUUUGGAUGUUGGUGGGAUCGAAGCGCGUAGCAUACGCUCAAUUACCAGCCGAACAAAUUAUUUACACGGACGAAAAUGUGGCACGUGGUGCAGAAUGUGGAGAGUGUAUAAAUUUAUUCAUGAAAAAUGUCGAAGACGAAAGCGAUUCACUCGAUUAUAACGCAUGUAAAGUGGAAAUAUUUUUAUGGAUGGGAAAUGUGAGAUACGUUGAGGCUUGCUGGAGUGCAAUACCAUCAGGGUACGAGCUCAAUCACCAAUUGAACCUUGACACGUUUCCACGAUUUUUCAAAUACAACGAGUCCUCGAAAUUCCAGUUACGAGCUCACAUAUUUCAAGGGCACUUUGAACCGGGAAUGGACACCUCGGGCUUAUUGGAUCCAUUGGUGCGAGUUUUAUUUUACGGCUACACCUUGACGUCGACAGUUAUUAAACAAAGCCUCGACCCUUUCUGGGAUCAAACACUAAUUUUCCCUCCUGUCGAGUUAUAUGGAACAAGAGAUCACUUGAAAAUGUUUCCACCAAAAAUCGUAUUGGAAAUUUUUGACAAGGAUUUUUGUGGAACGGAAUUUUGUGGUAGAUGCAUUGCAACCCCGAUAGUAAAACUCAACUCGGAAACAUAUUCACCACCCAAUUUUCCGCCCACUUUGCAAUGGUACAAAUUUCACUCCCAAAGGGAAUGUAGCGGCGAGGUUUUAGCAGCUUUUGAACUCAUUGAGGUGGGAAAUGAUGAGAUCGUGGAUUUACCGUUAAACACAUCCACAAACAAGAAGAUUUAUAAAGUGCCCGAUUAUAUACGACCAAAAAUGACAAAUUAUCGUUUAGAAGUGAUAUUUUGGGGUGUUCGCGAUAUGAAGAAAAUCAAUUUUGUUCCGGUUUAUAAACCGAGAAUUAUCAUUGAAUGUUCAGGUGUCUAUGUAAAAUCCGAAGUAAUGGAAAAUGCAAAGAAAUUCUCCAAUUUCGAAGAUAUUCAUUUUAUCAUUGAUUUGGACAUGCCAAUAGAAAGUGUUUAUUGUCCAGCAAUUUCCAUAAAGGCCUACGAUUCACGAGGUUUUGGAUGUUUCAAAUACGCCGGAGUUUGCAUUAUUCCAACUGCUUAUAAAUUUUUAGAGGAAUUAAUAACUCAAGUGGAUUAUGAUUGUCAAAUACACGAAAUGAAAAAUGUUAAAAUUUGUCACGAUCAAAAAAUUCCAUCCACAAUAUUAACAAUUCCCGACGAUUACGAUCCAACAAAUGAUGAAACAGUGUGUUUGAUAAGUUACAAAAAAAUGUCGGGUCAAGAUUUUAAUUCAAAAUUAACAAGAUUUUUUGGAUCGAUCAAACGUUUUACAAAACGUACACCAUCGGAGAAAAAAAAGGAAGAGGUAUACGAGCUGGAUAAGGAUGAAACACAUGAUUGGUGGAGCAAAUAUUACGCUUCUCUCGAGGAGGAAAGAAAUCGUGAACUCGGAAUUGUAAGGAACUUACUUCCAGGUCAAAAACCAGUUCCCACAUUUAAGGUAUAA